UCAGCGAGGAGAAAAUAUAUAUGUGAUGAAGAUGAAGACGAAGGUGAUAUUAGUGGCGAUGAACAUAAUCUUAUUAUUGGUGAUAAUCAUAAUACUGCUGGCGCUGAAGAUGGUAUAGGUGGAUCGAUAGCACAAACUGCUAUUGUGGAGUUAUAUGGAUCGCUGCCCAUUGAUGAACCCAUUUGGAGUGGAAUGUUGAAGAUAGGAGGUGAGGGUUAUGUCCCAUUAGAAGCACAUUUGUUGGCUAAAUCUUGCGAAAAAGUAUGGGAAUGCUCGAGAUCUUUGCAAAACAUGGUUGAAGUAGCAAAGAUUCCUAGGUUGGAUGCUGAACCCAAGUGCUUUAGGGUAUCAAGGCCAACUGAGGACAACAUUGGCCUGUAUUUCUUUCCACAAGAAAUGAGGCCAAAUGAGGGUUUCGAUAAGCUAGUCAAGGAAGUCAUGGACAAAAAUUUGAUCCUACGAGCUUAUGUCGAUGAAGCCGAGAUGUUGAUAUUUCCUUCUAUUUUGCUACCGGAGCGGCAUCAAACCUUUCAAGGGAAACACUACCUAUGGGGUAUGUUCAAACGCAGAGAGGAUAUGGUCAAUGCAGAAGGAGAACAGACCAUGCGUGGUACACGCACAGGGAAUGGGAGGCAGCAUUGCUCACGUCCUUGUGUGGGCAAAAAGGAUGUGAACAAAGGCGCUAGGACAAGCUCCUUGGCUAGACCGAACGAGUCGACACCUUCGGCUGAGCGCUGUGUGGCCGAAGCUGCUACUCCGGCUCCUGCCGCCGGUGCUGCCACGUCUAAUGCACCAAGUCGCCGGGCUGAACACGCUGCCGACGUAGUUGCCGAGCCGGUUCCUGCCGCCACGUCUCAUGAAGCAAGCUUGAUGCGUCCGGCUGAACCCGUUGCCGCCGACGUUACCGCAACAGCUCCUGCCGCCAGCGCUGCCUCGUCUCAUGAACCAAGCUCGUCAGUUCCUCAAAGAGGUAUAUACGGAUUCAUUGCUCCAUCAGAAAAUCAGAAGAUUCAUCAGCUCAUUCAAGAGCUGGAACGCGAAGGCGCUGUGGUAAUCUUCAUGCGCGGGGAGACAAUAGGAUGCGGCGUGGGUUGUGUAGAGGGAGGACGAGGUGCUCCACGGCAGGGCCGGUUGCUCGGCUCGAUCUGGCCGGCGAGGUGCAGAGGGUGGCCGCAGGGCGAGGAAAGGCAUGGGGAUGCCGAGCUCGAGCUCUGCUCGAUGGGGCAGCAUGCGGCGGGGGACGCGGCCUGA